UAUUACAUUGGCAAUAUUUCACUAUUUUCCGACAAUAAUUAUAAGAACUGUACGCAUGGAAUCGAAAAAAUUUUGAGAGCUUUUCGUCUUCGAUUUUCGUGGGCAACACGAUGGUAUAAAUAUGCGAAGGUUUAUUAACACUCUGUAUAGUCAAAGCCUAAACGUGGAUGUAGUACGGACGCACACCAAACGAACGAUUUUAUUGACAGGGUCGAAAAGUGGAUGUGGUACGUAGUUCUAUAUCCACGUUUGACGCUUAUGCUACAUCCACAUUUCGGUCGCACGAAAAAGGCUGCGGUGGCCGCUCUCAGGCUUCUCUCUGCUGUGCACAUUAAACGUACGCGACACACGCGACAAUGAAGUGACAAUUUCGGAAGUAUCGUAUCUACUAGGCGAACACACGAUUUUCACACGAAAACCUGAUUUAUACAAUAGCAGCGAUUCCGUGACGGUGUCAUCAGAAUCGCGUUGAUGUAUCUAUUGUGAUCCCGUUACGAGGUAUGACAUGCCAGAUUCGUUGUUGAAACUUUCGCGAUGUUGAUUGACGUUUUCAAACGCUAAAUGUCAUAUGCCAUGCGUUAUCUUUUUCUAUAGAAUUUAUUCGCUGUAGAUCACGAAAGAUAUACAAUACUCUUAAUAUCCAGUACGAGCGACUAAUAGGUGUCUUUUUUUCGAAUACAAUGGUUCAGUGCAUUAAUCAAAAGUGACAAAUUGUAUAUGGUUAUAAGUGUACGUGUAUAUAUAUAUAUAUAUAUAUAUGUGUGUGUAUGUGUGUGUGUAAAUAUGAUGACUUAUGUAAAUAAUUAUUAUAUGAAUUCUUAUAUUUGUGGGAGUUACUUAUGUAACAUAUAAAAAUGUCGCAAGGAAAUGGUGCUGCUAUUGCGGUGCCUAAUAAUCAAAACGGUGCAGUAGCACACAAUUUUCACAGUCUUGCUGGUGUCAUAGGACCAGUUUUAAAUAACAAUAAUAUGAAUAUAGCUAGAAAUAACAAUAAUCAAAACCCACUGAUUAAUGUGCGGGAUAGAUUGUUCCACGCACUAUUUAUUAAAGCAGCACUAGCCUACGCACGAACAUUUCCAAGGCCUGUUAGAAGAUUUAUUGAAUUUAUAGUCCUUUUAAAGGCUAUAUUGGCGUUUUUUGUACUGGCUUAUAUCCACAUAGUAUUUUCACGUGCACCAACCAAUUGUUUAGAACACAUAAGAGACGAAUGGCCACGAGAUGGCAUUUUGAGAGUUGAAAUUCUUAGGAAUGGUGGUGAAGAUUAUAGUAUAGAGAAAAGUUAUGCAAAAGAAGAGAAACUCAGACAAGAGAAAGUUGAUGAUUUAACUAAUUCUUUAGGAAUAUUAACUGGAGAUGGGUUUAUAAAUAUUGAACCAUCGGCCGUUGAUGAAGAACGGGACACUAUAAAUUCGGUCUCUGCUGAGGAGAAUCACGAGAAUUUAACAUUACUUGAGCAAGAUCUGAUAAGAGCAACAAUCUCUGAAGAGACGCAGAAUCUUGAUUUAAGCACAACAAAUACAACAAUGAGCUCAUCGUCAUUGUCAACAAAACUUUGGAAUGGUUUAAAUAUAGCUAAAAAAAUAUCUGGAGAAAAGUCGUCUUUUAUGAACGUGGAAAGUAAUUCCACAGAAGUGCCUGAUCAUUUAAAUGAGGAUAAUAUUGUACAGUUGAAAGAUCGUACAUCAGAUGUUGAUAAAACGGCUAGGAUAGAAGAUGGAUAUAUAGUCGAAUAUUCAUUGGAAUAUGGUUUUUUGCGAUUAUCACCAGCAGCCCGGCAAAGAUUAAAUAUUCCAGUAAAAAUUGUUACUUUGGAUCCAUUGAACGAUAAAUGUUUUGGUGAUGCAUUUUCGCGGUUAAUAUUAGAUGAAUUUUUGGGAUAUGACGAUUUGUUAAUGGCGAGUAUCAAGACGCUAGCAGAACACGAAGACAACAAAGGUUUUUUACGGAAUGUGGUAACGGGAGAGCAUUAUCGAUUUGUGAGCAUGUGGAUGGCACGAACAUCAUAUUUAGCUGCAUUCUUUGUUAUGCUCGUAUUUACGGUGUCAAUCUCGAUGCUAUUGCGUUACUCGCAUCAUCAAAUCUUCGUUUUUAUUGUUGACCUCAUACAAAUGCUGGAGUUUAAUUUAACCGUGUCAUUGCCAGCUGCCUCCUUACUGACAGUAGUCUUGGCAUUAGUAGGCUCAAACGUGCUUAUGGUGGUCGAUCACGGGGAAAUACUAUGUCCGUUAGAUAGGAAGAGAGAAGAGAAGGAGGAGGAUGAUUCUGCUGAGUUGCGUGCAAUAUUGACACUGGCCAAGCUCGACUCGAUGCCGAUGACACGAAUGGAGGCACUUAUGUCUGAAUUCUUCAACGACACAACCACUGCGUUUUACAUAAUCUUGAUAGUAUGGCUUGCCGAUCAAUAUGAUGCUAUUUGCUGUCACACAGCUCUUACAAAGCGACACUGGCUAAGAUUCUUCUAUUUGUAUCACUUUUCUUUCUAUGCGUAUCACUAUCGUUUUAACGGACAGUACAGCAGUUUGGCUUUGGUCACAUCUUGGCUUUUUAUACAGCAUUCGAUGCUGUAUUUCUUUCAUCACUACGAGUUACCAGUGAUUCUGCAGCAAGCGCAACUUCAGCAGCUUUUGUUUCGUAAUCACGCUCAACCUCAGGCGCAACCAGCGACGCCCAGCACAGCGCCGACUACUCCGGGUCCGGGCUCAUCAUCGUCGCCGUCGUCAGCGGCACCUUCGUCUUCUCCUUCGUCUUCGUCCUCGUCGAAUCUAAAUCCUGAGUCGACGACACCUACGACGACGACAGGGCAGACACAGCAGAACUAUAUUACCGAGCUUUCUCAACUUGAUUUGGAACCUAGUGGUAUGGAAGAACAGCAUGCGAAUACUGUGGAUACCGAGCAGACAUCCGCCGCGGCGACGACGGCUGAUCAUCGAGACGAUUCCGUUCGUGCGUCGGAGAAUACAAUAGCGUUCGCCACAUCAAGUUCCAUUGCGAGGACAGAUGCAGUGCCCUCAGCGUCCAGAGCUACGAGUUCACUCGCCGAUACCUCAUCCUCCGAAGGCUUCGAGGUCAUCGAGUCUGCCGAGGUGGUGCGCAAAGAAGUGUCUGUUGAUGACAAGAAGGAACAUUAGACCUUGACCAUGUCAGUCGCGUGACAGACAGGGUGUAUCAUUUUCACACGACUGCUUCCGUCGGCUUUCUUUACGCGGGAAGGAUAUUUUGUCAUGGAACUUAAACUAUAAAGUAAUAUAGUCUUUCUCUACAUAUAAAAGAAUAAGCAAGAUAUUUCUUCGAUUUUGAUAAGAAUAAACUUGGGAAUCUUUAAAAAUGUCAUAGGUAUUAUACUUCAAGAGCAAAACUAAUGAACGAAGAGGCAAAGAUUUAUAUAACGAUGUAAUUAUGAGAAUAAAUUAUCAGUGUUAGUAAUACGGGGAAUUACUGGAGAUUGAGUUUCGUGUAAUUAUAUGUUUCAAUGUUUAGAUCCGUUAGACGUGUAAUAGUAAAGUUAAACGUUAUGAAUGUACUUUCAGAAUAAGGUGCAAUGUUUUUAAUUUAUCGCGUCUACGUUUUGUAUGUCAAUUACUUAAUAAUUCUUCUUUGUAAUGUAAUAUGUGUAAUUUUUUAAUAUAAUGUUUUGUAAGAUUAUUUUAUUACAAAAGAUCAUUAUUUGUUCGAAGAUACGUUACACAAGUGCGAAAUGUAUUACAAUCAAUAUUAUCUUCUAACCAAAAUACAUAUUUGUGAAUAAUUUUAAAA